AUGGAAGUGUACCAUGGACACCCAAACACAUACACAAUAAAAGACAGUGCUGGUGAACCAAUAAUUGGAAGAUUCUAUGAACAAGAACUGUAUAGCGCAGAAGGAAGAGAACCUGAUUUCAAGAUAGAGAAAGUACUAAGAAGAAGAACGGUGAAAGGUAGGAAGAUGGCUUUCGUUAAAUGGUUAGGUUACUAUGACAAAUUUAACAGUUGGAUACCAGCUGGAGACAUCAAGUCCCUAACAUAGGUUACAGUAUUAUGGAGGACGCUGAGGACUACGAUGACAUUGAGUUAGAGGAGAGACAGGAGAGCUAUCCUCAAUAUGACGACAUGGACUACCACGACCUUUUGUCGAACUUUGAUGAACUAACAAAUAGGUUACAAAGGGAGGUAAAGUACGGUUCAGAUCCAUUGGCAGCCACUGACCUUAACAAUGAACUUAGCUAUGUGAAGAAGCUCAUGGAGGAACGUGGGACAGCACAGACAACCUUCACUGAGGGGGAAGAAGGAACCGUGAACAUUACAGGACCAUCAUGGUGCACCGCUGUUGACUUUGUGGAAGACCCAAACAAUUUACUUCCAGAUGUGCUAGAUGUAUUUGACGAAUCAUUUAACACUGACUGGAGCGAUAUAGAGGAACGUCUGGAUAGACUGAAAAAAUUCACCACACUGCAGAGGAAAAAAGACUUUGAAAACUAG